ACUAUACCCUAAUGGAAUGGUGCCUUGCACACUAUAUUUUUUGCUAUUGAAAACCCCUCAUUAAAUAAUAAUUACGAAUAUAAUGCCAUACAAAUGUCGAAAAUGGCACAAAAAUUGGCCCACGGUUUUAAUUUCAACUCGAUGCCUCCACGCGUUCCUGAGAUAAACAUCGUAAAACAAAAAAUACGUAAUCCGGUUUUCAAUCGUAUUUGCUUGGUACCACGUGACCAAAAAAGGUGCUGUGAACAAUAUAAAGAUAUUAUUACAUUGUGUUUAUAGCAAGUAGGUAGGUAUAAUAAGGUCCUUUACCUAUAUAUUAAAGUGGUCGAAGGAAAUAAUUUAGUAACUCUGCAACUUAGCCAAGAUGCUGCUGCUUUCGAUAUUUUUACUUAACGUGUUGAAUAUACUAUACGCUAUUGAUAGCAGUAAAACGGUUGAUGAGGCAGUUGUGAAGCGUGUCCAGAUAACGAACGCUCCGUAUUUCGCCGCUCUUCCCGGUGUUUGCGAUGCCGCAAUCAUCUCAGAUAGCUGGCUUGUCACGGCAGCCCAUUGUAUAGAAUCUAUGGUGGGUAACCUAGUAUGGGUGGGAGGAGACAGUGUUAAAACCAGCAAACUUUACACAAUCAAUGAUGUGAUUGUCCAUCCAGAAUACUCGACGGUUUCGAAACUCCAUCUUCCUAUCAAUGACAUUGCGCUCCUACACUUGUCCCGACCGUUGCCGUUCAGCGAUACCGUCCAGCCUGUGACGCUCCCUGAGAUGAAAUAUCAGUUGAAUGCUGUUCAUACAUCUGUUGGGAAGGGAAGAGACCAGACGGGGAAACUGGCCCAAUAUCUGAUGAGUAUGAAUGUUCGCACUCUAGAUAUGGAAGAAUGUUUGUCUUACGUGCCUCUUUUAAGACAAAUGAUCACAAAGCCCCAUUUGGAACAUAUUAAGGAAGUUACUGUGUGCGCUAAACGAACUGAAAACAUACCGGGUUUAUGCUAUAGUGACUCUGGCAGCCCCCUCGUUCGGAACCAGACUCUCGUCGGUAUUGCAUCGUAUAUUUCGGACGACAAUUGCUUGACAGCUAAACUUGGCAUGUUCGCCAACGUCGCCGCCUAUGUGGAAUGGAUUUAUUCGAUCACGGGUGUUGGUAAACAAGAAACGACGUUUGUAAUACCAACCACUACGGUUCGGGGUCCUAAGCCGACGAGUACGGAUCGUAGAACGAAGCGGGCGGUUACGAAGUUGACGACUACGAAACCGACGACUAUGAAACCGAAGACUACGAAGCCGCCAGUAAAGUCCUGUCAGGGAAAAUAGUAGGUCUCCAGGUCUUUUUGUUACGACACAUUCUACUAUUGGAGUCAUUUUACUCUCAUUCCCCUGGCUAUACCUACUUAUUCGCAAAUUCUCAGGAGCUUCCGCUUAGCUAUUGUGGUUGUAGAUGGAACGGCACGAAUUAUACAGUCACCAAAAAUGAGAUGCUAAUAAAGCGAAAUUUCCUGGGAAUGUGCGAAUAGGUACUUAUAUGAUAAGAUAAGAUAUAAUUUAUUGCAUAAUUAUAGGUGUACAGGUUAUAAUAGAUAUUUUGGUAGCUAUAAUUUGCCUGUCAGGCGUACAAUGUAAUUUUACUUAAAUCUAGAUGAACUAUUUACAAUGUUUGUAUUUGCCAUAUUUUUCCUUUUCAGCUAUGUUUUACAUAAAAAGGAAACAUAAGGCAAGCGCUUAUCAUAUUACUAAGCUGUAGAGAAAUCUAUAUUGAAAAAGUCAUUUUAUAUUGCAAGGCAUUUUCUUUUUCAGUACUUGUAUUAAAGAUUUUUUAAACGCCUUUGCA